AUGGUUAGACAAACUAUACUCGCUCCACUAGCUUUACUUCCAGAUGACGAAAAACCACAACCUGCAACUAUCGAAAUCGACUUAUCUUCAGGAACUAUCAUUUCUGUUCAACAAGGACUGAUCGAAUUGGAUUCUCAAGAGAAUGUGCUGAAAAUAGAAGAUGGAAAAGUAUUGUUACCAGGCCUGAUAGACACACACGUUCACCUGAAUCAACCUGGACGAACAGCAUGGGAAGGAUUCCAAACAGGAACUUUAGCAGCUAUAUCAGGCGGUGUAACUACGUUGAUUGACAUGCCAUUAAAUUCUAUUCCGCCUACAACGACAUUACACGGAUUAGAAACCAAGAGGAACGAGGCGAAGAACGUUGGCGUCAAUUGUGACAUUGGGUUUUGGGGUGGUAUCGUACCUGGAAAUGCGAAUGAUUUGGUUCCAAUGUUGGAAAAUGGAGUGAAAGGUUUUAAAUGUUUCUUAAUUGAAUCAGGUGUAGAUGAGUUCCCUUGUGUGGACGAGGAAGAUCUGUUAAAAGCUUGUGAAGCAUUAAAAUCCACCAAUGCUUUGAUACUCUUCCACGCGGAGCUGGACGCCACACCACCUGCUAAUCGACAUGUCCAUGAUUCGACUUCAUCUGAUCCUUGUGCAUAUACGACUUUCCUUGAUUCUCGACCUGAACAAUGGGAAACAUCAGCUUUAACACUCAUCUUAAAAUUCGCAAAAUUAUAUCCAUCAUUAAGAUUUCAUAUAGUCCAUUUAUCAGCUGCAUCAUCUCUACCUGCUAUCCGUGAAGCUAGAUCCAAAGGAAUGGACAAUUUGACAGUUGAAACUUGUUUCCAUUAUUUGUGUUUAAAAGCAGAAGAAAUACCAGAUAACGCAACUCAAUUCAAAUGUUGUCCACCAAUUAGAGAUGAGAACAAUAGACAAUUGUUGAUAGAGGCUGUGUUAGAUGGAACUAUAAACUAUAUAGUGUCUGAUCACUCGCCCUGUACACCAGAAUUGAAAAAAGGCGAUUUCUUGAAUGCUUGGGGCGGUGUAUCAGGUUUAGGAUUAGGUUUAAGUCUCAUUUGGACCGGGUUUAAUUCUCACGUAGAAUCGAAAAUCUCGCUUGGAAGGGUGAUUGACUGGAUGGGUAAACACCAAGCUAAUCAAGUUGGUAUCGAGAAUAAAGGGAGUUUGAAAGCUGGCUACAAAGCAGAUUUGGUCAUUUUUGAUCCUGAGAAGCAGUGGGAAGUCACCACUGACUCCCUCUUAUUCAAGAAUAAAGUCUCGCCAUAUGUCGGCAAGACAUUGAAAGGAUUAGUCGAGAAAACAUACCUCGCUGGUCAAUUGGUAUGGGAUCAUUCCAAAGGCAUCGAAGGGACGUUAGCGUCUCAAGGACAGUUAAUAUAG